AUGAUGCAUGUGCGGAAAGGAGGUGACAACAAUACAAUUUGUUAUGACAAAGACUGCCCAGACUUCAAUGCAAAUGAUGGGACCAUUCAGCUUGGUGAAGUGUUGCCACCAUCAAAUAAGGGUCAUGACCCCCAAGAUAUUAUAGAAAUAAAUUUGAUGCAGGAUGAUGGAGGGAUAUGGCAUAUAUAUGGUUCAAAUUCUGGAUAUAUAGGAUGUUGGAAAGGUGAAAUAUUUAGUAGCCUGAAAGAAAAAGCGACGACCAUGAUAUUUGGAGGGGAAGUCUAUACUCCAGCAUGGUCAGAUACCAGCCCUCCGAUGGGAAGUGGAAGUUUUCAGAAUGGUAUUCCUUCUGAAACUUCUUAUUUCUCAGACAUCCUGGUUAACUUUAAUACUGGAGACACCGACCCCAAAAAUCCCGAAAUCGUAGAAACAAGAUGCUAUUGGGUUGGUGAUGUUGGAGGGGGUGAUCGCUUAGAAGGUUAUGGCUUCUUUUUUUGUGGUAGAGGAGGAAAAGAUAAAGCUAAAUGUUUUUACUAA